UUCUCACUGGUUCACUUCUCGGCAAAGUGGUCCGAGGCAUGCCAGCAGCUGAACAGCUUUUUGGUGGAACUGAAGGACGAAUUGAAAUGUUUCGAUUAUGGAGUAGUGGAAGCGGAUGAGUCGCCACUAAUCACUUGUGCAUUCAGUGUCGAUGCUGCUCCAACAAAAGAUAAAGAAGUUGAUCGCUUGAAAGGUUUCGAUCCAGGCGAACUAAAACAGAAAAUCAUGCAACACAAUUUUGUUGAAGGCGUUGCUGCUAUGACCAGAGAGGCGGAAGAUGAAAAUGAAAAAGAGGUGUUAAAUUCAAAACUAAAAGCUUUGAUCAAUCGCGCACCUCUUAUGCUUUUUAUGAAGGGAACGCCAGAUUUUCCGAAGUGCGGAUUUAGUAACCAAAUGGUCAAUGUGUUGCGUGAAGUUGGUGCAAAUUUCGUGAGCUUCGAUGUGCUGGAGAAUGAAGAGGUAGAGGCUGAUCCAUUCUAUUACAGAUUUAGUAACCAAAUGGUCAAUGUGUUGCGUGAAGUUGGUGCAAGUUUCGUGAGCUUCGAUGUGCUGGAGAAUGAAGAGGUAAGACAAGGACUCAAGAAAUACAGCCAGUGGCCCACCUAUCCACAGCUCUAUCUGCAUGGUGAACUUAUUGGCGGCCUAGAUAUUGUCAAGGAGUGUGUAAAAGAUGCAGAUUUUUGUGAAAAGUUGCCGAAAGUGAAGGUUUGAUCUCCAGGAAAGAUUAAAGAAAUUGAUUCAUCAAGCUCCUCUGAUGUUGUUUAUGAAGGGGAACGCGAAUGCUCCUCAGUGUAG